AUGCCAGAACCCCGUGAGAGGAACUGUCAGCAGAACGUGUCACGGAGGUAUGUCUUUGCAGGGGAGACCAGCAGCAACACCUUGAACGACCUCCACCGCUACGACAUCGCUCUCGACUCAUGGACCGAGCUCACAGGUACCACAGGGCGUUCGCGCCACACAGCGAUCUGGGACGAGAGCGGAGACAGGAUGAUCGUCUUCGGAGGCUUGGACAGCUCAUCGAAUCGCUUGGGGAGCCUGUUGAUCUACGAUCGUGCGACUGAUGCAUGGAGCACGCUCGCUGCAACAGGUCCAGCGGCCCGGGAGGGGCAUGUCGCCGUCUGGGAUCCAAGCAGUCACAGAAUGCUGAUGUGCUGCGGGCUGUCGGACGCCGCGACGCUGGGUGAUCUCUGGAGCUACGACGGCGCUUGGACUCAGCUCUCCCCGUCCGGCAGCAUCACCGCCCGCAGGUAUGCUUCAGCUGUUUGGGACCCAGCGGCCCAAGCAAUGCUGGGCUUCGGUGGCCGAGGAAGCUCCCUGCUGGGCUCGCUUUUCCUGUAUUCCAGCACUGCCGACAGCUGGAGCGAGUACACUGAGUCAGGCCCCGGCGCGCAAGAACAAGGUGCUGUAGCUUGGGAUGAAGGGAAUCGGCGACUCUACACCUAUGCGGGCAAGGAUUCCUUGGGUGGCCUGCUGGCGAAACUCUGGCGCUUGGAUGCCUCGCACACCUCCCAGACGAGCACCAGUAGCAGCACCUCUACAAGCAUUACGAGAACAUCGAGUACCUCCCUCACUUCUUCUGCCACAACGUCCAUAUCGUCGACUUCCAUUUCCUCGACAACAUCUAUCUCGUCAUCGAGUGUCUCGUCCUCCACCACAGCGUCUUCUACCCUUUCUUCAACGCAAACUUCGUCCACGACAGAGUCGCAAACUAUGACGGUUUCUUCGUCCUCGUCCUCAUCGACGGUCUCAACCACGGAAACUGCUACUCAGACACAGACAACCAUGUUUCAAUCAUCGACAACAACAUCGAAGACAUCUUCCGCUACAACGACGCAGACAACCACGUCCCAAACAUCUACAACAACAUCGCAGACAUUGUCUUCUACAAAGACUCAGACAACGACCUCCGAAACAUCUACAUGGACGAGCUCCACAUCCACGACUGCAUCGGAGACAUCUUCAACAGCCACGACAGAGACUACGACAUCUGCAACCUCCACACGGACAAGUUCCACGUCGAGCACUGUGUCUCGAACAUCUUCAACUGCUUCCUCACAGACCGUCACUACAGGAACAUCCACGCAGACGGGAUCCACAACAACAUCCGUCACCAUGUCAUCGACAACUUCCACCACUUCGACGAUGUCAUCGACAACUUCCACCACUUCGACGACCACGUCUGCGACGUCGUCUUCAACAUCGACAAGCACGCUAACGGCCACAACUUCUUCAGCCACACUCACGGACUCAACCACGUCAACAAGUAGUGCGACCGCUACAGGGACGGUUUCAAGCACCUCCUCGCGUUCCCGAACCGAGACAGUGACUGUUUCAGAAAGCCUGACAUCCACGGCGUCUACGACCUCCACGGUUAUGCGAAUCGUCACCAGCACGACAACUGAUGCCUCUGCAACUGUAUCGUCAUCGACUUCGAGCAGCACAGCGCCUUCGAGCACCACUACGGCCAACACGGGCACCACGACGAGCUCAAACAGUCCGUUGGGGGCGGAGAUCCUACUUGGCGAACUGGAAACCGCGGAGAAGGGACUUGCCAGGCAGCUGCUAGCGACGCUGGACCAAAACAGCACGAAUGCCUCCGACGGCAUCAUCGCGGAAGCGGUUGCGCAGUCAGAACUGGCCAUCACGCGGACGCUGGCCUUGGACAGCGACAUCCUGCAGAGCCUCGGCCGUACCUUGCGGGUGCAAGGCCAAAACGCCAGCUUGGAGAUUCCACCCAUCGUCGUCUCCCAGGCGGCGGAUGCCUCGGGCGUCCAGGACGGCCUGGUCAUUCUCAGCUUCUCCGUGGGCGACGCGGAUUUCGCGGCAGAGCUCGCUGGCAAUGCCGCGGCAGAGGACCUGAGGCAGAGCCAGCUCGUCUCCCGGCCGGUCAGCGUGACCUUCCGCGGCGCAGACGGUGCUGCGAUUCCGAUGCCUGCCCUGUCUGCGCCGAUUGAGAUCCACCUCCCGGACGCGAAUACGCAAGCGAUUUGUGCUUUCUGGGACGAGGCAGCGAGCACCUGGUCCACUAAAGGAGUGCAGCGUGUGGAGAGCUGGGAAGGAGAGGGGAUCCUCUGUCGAACCAGCCACCUCACUGUUUUCGCUGCCAUCUUCGACACCUUUGUGAAUGUUCUCCGGUGCUCCACCGCCGCGCAGAUCUUUUCCCCAGAAAGCUUUAUGAACCUCGGCAGCAGCGCAUGGGUCCACUACUCCUCCAGCAUCAUCACCUUUAGCGCACUUGGCCUCUUCCUCUUGCUCCUGAUCUAUGCUUUUCGCCUCGAUCGGAAGCGCUUCACCUCGCGGAGACAUCUGGAGACUUCUUUGCUGGUGGAGGGAAAACAAGAUUGUGAGGAGGCCUACGAUGAGGUUCACGAGGAGGAUGCAGAGGAGCCGGUGGCGGCAAAGGACAAGGCAGAGCCAGGCUGCUGCCACAGGGUUGCAGCUUCCACCUUCGCAAACUUCACUUGGUGCCUCGGCGUGAUGUUCGAAACGCCCGAAGCUGACUUGCUAGCGGAGCUCCUAAAUGCCAAGGAGGUUUUCGUCAAUCGCUGCAUCUCCGCAAUCUACGCCUACGCCAGCCAAGCUGACUGGCAGAGCAUUCGUGCCGCGGAGACUGACAUCGGCGAGAUGAAUGUGCGACACUGGGAGACAUCUGCACUGUCCGUCACCGUUCGGGAUUUCGUUCACAUGAAUGAAAAGGUGGAUCAUCGUCGUAAGAAGGCGUUCGCCGCCAGGCAGUUUCUCUCCAGCCCGUUCGUGCUGCGAGUUCUUCUUUUAGUGCGGGCCAAGCACCCGUGGAUCGCCUUGCAGUUUGUGAGCCUCUUCCGGUCGCACACCAUCCGCGCGGCCCUUCUCAUCCUCAAGCUGGUUUCUGCGGCAGCAACGAAUGCGCUUUUCUUCUCCGGAUCAGCCAUGUCCGGGAGUUCUGAUGCCGGCUGUGUGCCGGAAACCUUCGCGGAGCGCGUUUGGCGUGCCACAAUCAUCGGUCUCCUUUCGGCCUGCUUGGGGGACGUGCUCAUCGUCUUGAUGGCCCUGGUGCAGCGACGACGAGUCAUUGUUCGGGAGAGGUGGACUCCAAAGGAAAAAGCGCGUCAGUUGCGGCGCUGGCGGCUGCGGAGCUUCCUGUUCUGGCUGCUGUGGCUUCUGGACUGCGGCCUUGCCGUCACCUACGUCCUGGUCUUCCUAGCCAACGUCAGUGCCACUGAUGGCAGGAAGUGGAUCGAAAGUACCGGCAUGAGUCUCUUGCAAGAUCUUGUCCUGAAGCCCUUCUACCUGGCUUUUGGCUACGGCACCGUCGCCAGCAUCGUGCUUUGCUGCAGCUCUCGCGUCAGGGAGCCCACCGCACACGGGUUGCCUGAACUCCGAAAGCUCUACACGAACUCAAGCCCUCAACCCUGGACUUCAGACGAUACUGGCACCUGUCUCCAUUCCACCCCUGGACUCCACAGUCAGACUGCUAGUCCAUUCAUCGCCCUUACGCCGAACCGAGAUCUCGCAAGUAAGAUUGGCGAAUAG